CCAGCAAGGCAGCCUGGCCUGAGGCAGGCUAGGAAGCAGAGCUGCUUCGAAGCAAGAGGGCUGAACGUUGAAGCGAGGGGAGGACUGGUUAGAGUUCGUUCUACUUGCAGUAGACAAUUGGCCACUCAGGGUUCCUUAGCACGACUUUGAGAACCAUGGCGGAGUAUGAGCCAGCGGCGCCGAUCCAGUUUCCUUCAGCAGAGGCUGUUGGGAUGAAGCGGGCCCGGGAAGACGGGUUUGAUGGAGCUGUCCCGACAGGCCAGCAGCAGCAGCAGGCGGGGGGCCCCUGGCCAGGGUACCCUGGAGAGAAUGUGUACCGCCUGGUAGUUCCUGUAAAUAGGGUUGGGUUAAUCAUUGGGAAGAAAGGUGCGUGGAUCAAGAACCUAUGUCAGGAGACAAACGCCCGUGUGAAGGUGAUGGAGGCAAUUCCAAGGACAGAGGAGAGAGGGGUGCUCGUGUCCGCCCGCGAGAAUUACGACAUGGAGCUCCCCCCGGCCGUGGUAGCCCUCCUAAAGGUGCACGACCGCGCUGUUCUGGGGGGGCACGACGAUGAGGACCAGCAGGGGCGGCCGCCGCCCCCCAUUCCGGAGACGGCCACCGCCAAGCUGCUGAUCCCGCAGGUGCAGGCGGGAACGCUCAUCGGGAAGGGCGGGGGGACGAUCAAGGCGAUGCAGGAGCAGACGCGGGCGAGCAUCAAGGUCCUGCAGGAGAGCGAGUUUGUGAGGAGUGACGUCGGCCUGUACGCCUUGCCUGACGACCGGCUGGUGGAGAUCUCGGGCCCCGUGGCGGCCGUCCAGACUGCGCUGCGCGUAUGCGCCCUCCAGCUGCGCAAGUACCUCGUCGACCGCUCCGCCGUGCCGCACCUCGAACACCCGGAGAGGUCUAAACAACCAGCCGGUCAAUCUGCGGCGCCUAUGUCGUACGGUGGGGCUAGCGCAGGAUACGGAAACGGGGCCGGCGAUUAUGGCGGGGGAUACGGUCAGUCAGGGGGCGGUUAUGGCUCUCAGGCGUCGCAGUGGCCUGCUUCGUAUGGUGGACAACCGGACCCUUAUGCCGCAGCGGCACCAAUCGGGCAGAUCGUGCAAAAGAUGACGGUGCCUGUAGCGUACACGGACGCGAUCCUGGGACCAGCGGGGAGCCGCCUGAGCCACAUCCGGCAAACUAGCGGAGCGACAGUCAUCGUGACGAUGGCGGACGCGAACCAGAACCUGUCGUUCGAAAUCACGGGCAGCCAAACGCAGGUGUCGACCGCGCAGAGGCUAGUCGAGAGCUAUAUGGCGGGUGGCUCCACGGCGCCUGCUGCAGCGGGGGGCUACAACCAGGGGUACUACAACGCCCCCGCGGCUGGAGCUUAUGACCAGACACAAGCUGCAUCGUAUCCUACUCAAUACACCGCACCUCAAGCAGCUCAGUACUCCCAAUAUGGACAGUACUAAAGAUUUCUGCUUCAAUGAAUCAGGACCUUCAUCGUGUACGACUUGUGAUGUCACAGACGCCACAGCUUACUUGGUCAACUUUGAGCUUUUUACAAAACCUGAACUCUUUCAUUCUGUUGGCAUGUGGUGUUGACUGAAGUCUUUUUCGCUUGCCUUAUGGCGGUUGUGGAAGUGGGUUGUGACGCGCCGAAAUGUGG